GGGUGAAUUCUUCUGAGUGGCAGGAACAGCUAUCUCUCAUACUUUCCUUGCAUUGAUUUUGUUUGUGCCGUAAAACAAAUAAAAAAUAGAGGACUUUGUUGAAGUACCGAAGGUUCAUUUGAUAAACUGAGACCCUGCAUUGAAAAGAGACAUGGAGGCUGUUUUAGGACUGUUGGUGAUCUCCGCCAGAUUGUAUCAUGGCUUGGAGACUUCCUGUGAUGCUAGAGAAGAUGGAUCUCAGUGUUAUGGAGCUCUGGGAGGAACUGUCUAUCUCCAGCUGGUGACUGAUGCCACGAGAUAUGAACUCUCAUUUUGGAAAGGCUCAACUGGUGCUAAAACAGAGAUACUCAAAAUGAAGAAGGACAAACUGGUAAUAAGAAACCCCCUCAUUAUAGACAGAGUACACUUCUUUAUAAACAAUGGGACAUUGAGGAUAAAUAACAUAAGAAGGAAUGAUUCUGGUGAAUACCUGCUAGAAACAUUUAGUUCAAACGGGCGAAUGUGGACCAGAGAAAUACAACUGUUCAUCAAAGCUCCAGUGUCCAGUCCUCAGCUGUCCUCUGAGUGUCUGUCCCAUGGAGAGGUGAGGGUGUCCUGCUACUCUGAGGGGGAUGGUCCCCAGUACAGCUGGACUCUGGAUGGACAGACACUGAGAGACACUGAGACCUUUCCUGGUGAUGAGACAAACACCAUCACUCUGAAGAAAGGCCUGUCAGGAGAUCUCACCUGUACCAUCAGAAACAACAUCAGCAGUGAUACUGUCAGCAGGAGAAUCUCACACUGUCCAGAACAUUCAGUGGAAAUCUCCUCGUGGGCUGGAACAGGGUUCAAUGUGUUUGUUUAUUUCCAACUUGCUGAAGUCUUCAUUCUGCUGACAAUCUGUGUGGGAUCAUACUGUUUCUACAAGAAGAAAACUUAUCCUCAAGAACAAGAUGAUGUUGAGUAAGCAGAGUGUUUGCAGUCUCUCAGGUGGAUCACGGUGGGACUCUAAGAUGGGUGUUGAUGUCAUGAAAGUUGCCAUGGGGACCAUGACUGAUGACUAAUGAUGAUGUUAUACUGCUUAUUGCUGUUUUAAUCUUAAUCAAGCUCAAACUCAAAGCACAGUAAUGUAUUUAGAUCUUUUGACAUAUAUUUUCAUAGUUUCAUAAUGUUCCUUCAGAACUGCCAUUAAAAAGUAAUAAUGAAAGAUCUAUGUGAUGGUGUUUAUUUAAUGGAUUUUAACUCUUGAAUUGUAGUGUUUUCGUGCUUUUUCAUUUGUACAUACAUUUACAUAAAGUAAUGAAAAUGCUAUUGUGUUUUUGAAAAUACAUUUUCUUUCGUCUUCGAAUGUGACCUUAGACCUUCAUAAACACAAACACAUUUUUAUUUUGCGAUAGCAAAUAUGUAGAGUUCAAAAGGUACUUGCACUCUUAACCAUGAAAAGGAAUAACCCACGAAUGACGACAUGAAUAGCAUACAGUUGGCGGGUUUUACGCUUUUUCGACAGGAUAGAACAGCGACCUCUGGUGAGACAAUAGGUGGUAGUCUAUGUAAAUUUGUAAACAACAGCUGGUGCACGAAAUCUAAGGAAGUCUUGAGGUCUUGCUCGCCUGAGGUAGAGUAUCUCAUCAUAAGCUGUAGACCACAAUAUUUACCAAGAGAGUUUUCAUCUGUAUAUUUCGUAGCUGUCAAAAUACCACCACAAACCGAUGCUGGCACUAAAACCACACUCAAUGAGCUGUAUACGGCCAUAAGCAAACAGGAAAACUCUCACCCAGAGGCGGCUUUCCUAGUGGCUGGGGGCUUUAAUGCAGGGAAACUCAAACUCGUUUUACCUCACUAUCAGUAUGUUAAAUGUGCAACCAGAGGGGAAAAAACUCUCGACCACCUUUACUCCACACACAGAGACGCGUACAAAGCUCUCCCUCGCCCUCCAUUUGGCAAAUCUGACCUUAAUUCUAUCCUCCUGAUUCCUGCUUACAAGCAAAAACUAAAGUAGGAAGCAUCAGUGACUCGGUCAAUAAAAAAGUGGUCAGAUGAAGCAGAUUCUAAGGUAGAGGACUUAUUUGCUAGCACAGACUGGAAUAUGUUCCGGAAUUCUUCCGAUGACAUUGCAUAGUACACCACAUCAGUCACUGGUUUCAUCAAUAAAUGCAUCGAUGACCUUGUCCCACAUUGACCGUACGUACAUACCCCAACCAAAAGCCAUGGAACACAGGCAACAUCCGCACCAAUCUAAAGGGUAGAGCUGCCGCUUUCAAGGAGCGGGACUCCAACCCGGAAGCUUAUAAAAAAUCCCGCUCAGCCCUCCGACGAACCAUCAAACAGGCAAAGUGUCAAUACAGGACUAAGAUUGGAUCGUACUGCACUGGCUCUGAUGCUCGCCGGAUGUAGCAGGGCUUGCAAACUAAUACAGACUACAAAGCUGUGAGCUGCCCAGUGACAGGAGCCUACCAGACGGGCUAAAAUACUUAUAUGCUUGCUUCGAGGAAGGUAACAUUGAAGAACGCAUGAGUAUC